AUCAUUGUGUACUUAUCUAGGUGCUCAUUGAGACUUUGCUAAAUGAUUGGUGUGCAUUAUCUCAUUUAAUCCUCACAACAGUUCACAAGGUAGGUAUUCCUAUUAUUCCUGUUUCAUGGAUGUAGGAAAGUAACUUUCCCAGGGUCACAGGAGGUAGACUCCAGAUCCACGGAGAGCAUUUAGCCUUCAGUAAUAGUCACAAAGUGCACAGCAUACAGCCUAAUGACGAGUGGCUGCUCAUUCUUCUCCAGCUCGCCUUACUUGCACUCUCUUGCAUCAUUUUAGCAGGUGUGUGUUUACCUGGUAAACUUAGGUAAAGUUCAUUGAUGGGAGUUACUAGACAUUUAUUCUGGUCUCAUAUCUGCUAUCAGUUAGUUAUAGGACCUUUCUUUACUAGUCUGUCUUCUCAUCUCUGUGUGGAUGGGUUUCUAUGGAGUUUUAAAGUAUUAUAGCUUCAGAUCUGAUUUUUUGCCCUGGACUGUGUGUCACUUGAGUUUCCUCAGCCACAGCAUGCAACUAAGUUGUAUCAUCCCUGAUGCCUUCCUAGGUACCAGUAUAUUUUUCCUGUGUCCAUUUUUGAAGCUGUGUUUACUGAAUCUGUUGCACCUCCUCUGCUCUUCUUCCAGUGGAAACCAGAACCCGUUCAUGGCCCCUGCGAACUACACAAGGGUCACCGAGUUCAUUUUCACAGGUUUGAAUUACAACUCGCAAUUGCAGGUUCCUCUCUUCCUGCUCCUUCUGAGUUUCUAUGUCAUCAACCUAACUGGAAACUUGGGUAUGAUUAUUCUCAUACGGAUCGAUUCCCAUCUUCAUGUGCCCAUGUACUUUUUCCUCAGCCACUUGUCUUUUGUGGACAUCUGCUUCUCCUCAGUUGUGAGCCCCAAGAUGCUCUCUGACUUCUUUGAGAAGAGGAGAGCCGUCUCCUUCCUGGGCUGUGCUGUACAGCAGUGGUUCUUCGGGUUCUUUGUGUCAGUGGAGUGCUUUCUCCUGGCAUCCAUGGCCUAUGAUCGCUAUGUGGCCAUCUGCAACCCAUUAUUGUAUUCUGUGGCCAUGUCCCAGAGACUCUGUAUCCAGCUGGUGGUUGGUCCCUAUGUCAUCGGGUUCAUGAACACCAUGACUCAUACGACAAAUGCAUUUCGUCUCCCUUUUUGUGGCCCCAAUGUCAUCAAUCAUUUCUUCUGCGAUAUGUACCCCUUGCUGUCCCUCGUGUGUGCUGACACUAGAGUCAAUAAGUUGGUAGUUUUUGUCAUGGCUGGAGCUGUGGGAGUGUUCAGCGGUCUGACCAUCCUCUUCUCCUACAUUUACAUCCUCACUGCCAUUCUGAGGAGCCACUCAGCCGGGGGAAGGCGCAAGGCCUUCUCCACCUGUUCUUCUCAUCUGACGGUCGUCUCCAUCCUGUAUGGUACUCUUUUCUUUAUUUAUGUACGGCCUAGUGCAAGCUUCUCCCUGGAUCUCAAUAAAGUGGUGUCUGUGUUUUACACAGCAGUGAUCCCCAUGUUGAAUCCACUUAUCUACAGCUUGAGGAACAAAGAGGUCAAAGAUGCCAUCCACAGGACUGUCACUAAGAGGAAGUUCUGUAAGGCCUGAAUUCUCAGCUAGAAAAGAAAUUGAGAGAGAAAUCUAAAAGGGCAGGCUAAUUUUGUAGAUUCCUAAGAUUUCAGGCCACUUGCAAGUGGGCGGGUGAUAGCCCUUUAUCCAUUCAGCCAUCCAAUUACUUAUUCAUUUAAUCAGUGAAUGUGGAAUCAUUAAGCUCUCUGUAUGAUCUUUUCUCUGUAAUAUACCAGUUUUUUUUUUUUAGUUCACACUGCAGUCCAUUUAAUUUUGCUUCUCUCAGACAUUCAUAGUCCAGUUAUUUUCAAGAAGACUUUAUUAUUUAAUUUCAGCUAUUCGUUUUAUCAUUCUGCUAACACAUUUUCUUUUUCUGCUGACUGCUUGGCAUUGGGAUUUUAAAACGCAGUCCUCUGUAUUUGGGCUUUUGCAUGCCUAAGAUGGAGAGAGGAAGUUACCACAUGUACAGCUGGAUUUUUCCAAGUUAGCAUGCCCCAGACUUCCCAAAUUGGGUGAGUGAUUAAUAGAAAAAAUCAUAAUAAAAUAAAUUGGGGAAGACUGCAUUUUAUAUGCUCGACCUCCCAUCCCUUUGGUGAUUGAUAAAGGGCAUUGGUAUACACAAUGAUCAUAGAAAUCUGACAUAAAAUAAACCUAUUUACAUUUGAUUAAGUCAGUGUUUCCCAUAGUUAUUUGGUAGUGGAGUCUUUUGUGAAGAACUCUUAGUAACAUGCAGGAGAAAUACUGUCCCAGGAUGACAGUUUGAAAAACACUGGUGGGAAAGAAAGGACAUGGUAACAAUAGAUAUUUCCUUUCACUUGAGAUAGAACUAAGCUAGCUUUAAGGAGUGACAGAGAGAAGCUUUUGCUAAUAUUCUUUAGUUACGUUUUCCAAAUUGGUCUUUGUGUCUUAGGGAAAAGAAAUGGGAAGGGCCAGAGAAUGAAUUGUUUUCUUGUGGUCAAUUCUCAUUUGAAAAGUGACUCAGCUCAUGAUUGGUAAACAUAAUCAUAAUGCCGGUCAUACAUGUUGGGGAAGCAGUGUAUUCUCUAAGCUUAAAGUGGGCAUAGAAAACACAUGAUAGAUCUGACCACAUAUCAUGAAACUCCCACAGGUCAAAGAAAGAAAAACUCAUUUUAAAGGGAGGACAGUAUUUGUAGGAAAGACGUACAUAGUGCUUUCCUUUUCUAAAUAUUUUUGCAGAGUUCACAGGUAUAAGAACAGGGUCCUGAAAAGAAUAUUAAGAAAGGAAACCUCAACUAGAGAUUGAAAAGUGCCUCAGAGGAUAAGUAAAAUGAACGCAAGAAAAAAAAAUUUUUUUUGGUAAUUAUUGCAUAAGCAUUUUGUUUUUAUACAUGGAAAAAGAAAAUUCAAAAUAUUUAUGAAGAGGCUCCAAAACAUUCUUUUAGUUUGCCUCACUAAUUUCAUUUUAGAUAAUUUGUCCUAAGGAAAUAAUACAAAAUGUAGGCUUGGGUGGUGAUAGCACCUCUUAUUCAGGGAUGUACUUGUUAUGGUGCCAUGGGUUUCAUUAGCUAGUAGCUAAAAAAUGGCAUUCUCUUUCCGUUAAUGCCAAAUGAUGAUGGGCUAAAAUUCCCAUCUUUUACUGGUUUCAGGAAAUCCAUGUUUUUAGUAGCUUCUCUUCCCUAUGUAGUUCAGGGCAUCCCCAGGCGAGGGAAACCGUUCAUGCUUGAUAAAUGUUUUGCUUUCUUGCCGUCUCAGCUGCCUUGAGCUGCUACUGCUCCACCCAUGGCCAAGCCCCACUGCUUCAAGUCUUCUUUUUGGCUUCCUAGCAGUGGCUACUCUUUCAAGACUCCACCAUUCCUCCCACACUUACAAACAGACCCGCUUUAUUUGAAGUCACCCACAGUGUACUUGAGGCCAGGUUGCAACUUCUAAUGAGACUUUAUUGAAGGUUGGAGAAAUAGAGAGGGUCGUGCAAUUCUGAGGCUUAUUUGGGAUGACAACAGGGCCUCCCCUGAGUCUGCAGGUGCCUUCCUUGCAGACUCCAUUAGGGCAGUCACAUCAGGACUGUCCAUAAACUGUUUGCCUGAGGUUUGCGAACUUAGUCUGGAGCAAUAUCACAUGUAAAUCCUUACCCACAGUUGGGUCCUGGUUGAAUUCAUCCAAACUGAGUUCAGUUCUUUGUAUACAGUCUUGUCUUCAUCUAAAGGUGUUUCCUGUAGAGUCUCAACCCAGAAUUUCUUAUGAGAAUCUAAUUUAUCUAAUUUAAGGAGCACAUACAAAGGAUAAUCUAAUUUAAAGAAUCAGUCACAGUUCAGAGGGAUACUAUAACCUAAAUUCACACUUAGAAUUUAUUCCAAAAGAAUCAUGUCUUUCAAACAUAUCCCACAGGAAAGCAAUGUACUUUACACAGAGAUAACCAGUAGAGACAUAGACAUGUAUAACUGAAAGAAGAGUUGCACAAAAUAUACUUAGUUUCACAAAAUAUGCUUAGCCCUACAUUUUGAUUACUCAGUUUCUGGGAUUGGCAAACUAUGGCCCGUGAGACAAACCCAGCCUGGCACCUGUUUGUGUACAGCUUACAAGCUAAGAGUGGUUUUUACAUUUUUUUAGAUGGUUGAAAAUAUCAAAAGCAUAAUGAAAUCUCACAGCCUAUGAAAAUUAUUUGAAAUUCACAUUUCAGUGUCUAUAAAUAAAUUUCAGUUGGAAUACAACCAUCUUAACAUCAAAGUUUCUCAAUAGCAGCACUAUUGAUAUUUUGGACUGGAUAACUGGUGUGGGCAUUAUCCUUUGCAUUGUAAGAUAUUUCAUUACAUCUUACCUCUACUCAUUAGAUGCCUGUAGCAUCCCCCAAGUCCAGUCAUUGCAGUAAAAUGUAUCCAGAUAGGGGCAAAUAUAUGUAAACCAGAACCACUGGUUUGUGGCUUGUCCACGGCUGCUUUGGGACUACAAGAGCAAAGGUUAGUAGUCUUUACAGAGACAACAUGCCAGCACAGCCUAAAAUAUUUACUGUAUGGCCCUUUAUAGAAAAAGUUUGAUGACUCUUGCUUUACUGUAUUCUAUUCUCUCCUUUAAACAAUGCUGGUCAUGCAUGACGUACAUGAUUUCUUUUUCUGCUACUUGGACUCAAACUGCAAAACCUUAUUCUAAUGUAGCUCUAGAGGGGCAGUAUAUUGAACAUGGGAUAAGUGCAUAUGCUUUAGAAGAAAGUGUGAUUUCAUAUUUUGACUGUGUUACUUAAUAACUAUUUUGAAUCUCGGCAAAUUGCUUCACCUCUCUGAGCGUCUGUUACCACAUAUAUAGAGCUGGGAUAACAGUUAAUUUUUGUUAGGAUGACUAGCAUGGUACCUUGGUACAAAAUGAGCAUCUGUUAUUUGCUAUUAUUAUUGGUGUUUGUUUUAAUCAGUGUCCUCAAGAGAAAUAGAACCAAUAGGAUCUGUGUGUAUAUAUAAAAUGAGAUUUAUUUUAAGGAAAUGACUCAUGAGAUUAUAGAUGCUGACAAUCCAAAAUCUGCAGGGUGGGCUGUCAGCCUGGAGACCCAAGGAGAAUGUGACAGUUCAAGUCCAAAGAUGAUCAAGCUGAAGACCCAGGAAAAGCCAGUAUUGUAGUUCAAGUCUAAAAGCAGUCUGCUGCAGAUUUCCAUCUUGCUCAGGGAGGGUCAGUUUUUAAUUUUACUCAAGCCUACAACAUAUUGGACAAGCCCCACCACAUUGUGGAGGGCAAUCUACUUGACUCAAAGCUCACUGACUUAAGUGUUAAUAUCACCCAAAACACUCUCACAGAAACAUCCAGAAUAAUGUUUGGCCAUAUAUCUAGGCACUGUGGCCUAGCCAACCUGACACACAAAAUUAACCAUCAGCACAUUUCAUAGCAUGAUUAAAUGAAGAGAAAUGAUAAUUGUUCAGCAUAAUGAAGAAAUUGGGAAAGGACUAGGGUAUCUAAAUGGAACUUGUUAAGACAUUUAAUUUUUAAAAAUAUCAUAAUUGUAAAAAUAAGAUACAAAAUUAUAGGGAAGAUGUUUUGAAUUUGUAUAAAAGUUGCAAAUAAUUUCUUUCCAAAUUUCUGAAUGGGAAACUUGAAUUUGCUUUCUCGAGCAAAAAAGUUUUAACACAGGUUUUUGGUUGAAAUCAUCAUGAAAAAUUCCUGAUAGGUAAUUUUUUUCCUUUUUCUCACUAAUUUUUCCCCCUUUAUCUAUUUCACCCAUCCCUACGUCUGCUUCCUCUAUGGCAAUCACCAGUCUAUUCUCUGUGUUUAUGAGUCUACUU